GUCAGGGGGAGAGAGAAAAAUAGGGGAUGUUUUUUUUGCGAAAAUUAUGAUUGUAGUUUUUUAUUCUUUGGGGGGUUAACAAUUGUGUGGGUAGUUCAAGUAUUUAGCUACAAUGCUACAUGGCAAAACAAGUAAUUAGCUAAUGAAAAUACAAUGAAGAUUUGAAUUUAGUUAAACUACCACCUAGCUUCUGUGGAUCUAUUGCAUGAUAAAGACGAAUAGCUUAACAUUAUAGCACACAAAACAAAUUAAUUUAACACCAAUGUGCAGCGGUGUGGUUUAAAAAAACAGUAAUAUAUAAUACUGCCUAGACCAGUUACUAUCCCACUAUAUAACCUACUGGCAGCGCAGUCGCUUCAAAACAGUGGAUUGUCAUCUAGGGUUUAUAGUUUCGUUGGUCGGAUAAGAAGUGCUUUGAAAACCGCUUCGCAGCAUCAGAGCUCCGGCAUCAAUCGUACACUUGGCCUACUACUUACUAUCCGCUGCCUAUCGAGUCACCGCGUGACGUUCUCCCGUCAUAGAUACAUUGUUCCGAGGAGAAAAACAGGGAAAUAAUCAACUACAUUCUUUCCUAUCAAGAUGAUGUGGAGUCUGUGGAUCCUGUUGGGAACUCUCGGUGUGGAUGGCUAUGCGAUGCACGACCUGCACGAGCGUCUGUCCCACGGGCGUCAGCUGAAGAUCUACCUCCCGAAGAGCUCUUCAAAGCUGGAGUUUACCCCUGCUGCAGAGCCCGCAAAGACCUACCUGUACUGGGACCAUGGUGCCCGGACCAACAAGGGACGGGUGUCUGGGACAGGGACUGACAGGCGCUGGUAUCUGGACAAGGUGACGUACGAGGACCAGGGAACCUACGUCCAGAGAGACCACUGGAACAAGGAGAUCUCCUCACUCAAAGUGGCCGUGAACACCAGGCAUGAGUACCCGAAGUGCGUGGCGGGCGAGGACCUCUACAUCUCAUUGGAGGGCAUUGACCUAGCCGACGCCCAACUCUCCUUCUCUGGCGCCGACGCCAAUAUCACCCUGGUGCAUGAUGGGGCCGUGGUCGCCCAGGACCACCCGGACUACUGGAACCGGGUCAAGACCUACUCCACCAAGAUCACCAUCGAGAACGUCAACACCACGGACGUGGGUUACUACACGCUGAGGGACAGGAGAGACAGGGUGGUCUCCAUCAUCAGGAUGGAACUCACAGACCACCAUGACUAUGAAGCGGCUAACCCCCUCAUGGCCCUUCUCCUCCUGCUGGGGAUCCCCGCAGGUAUCUGCUGCUGUUGCCAGAAGAAGAUCUUCAAGAAGAAAGCCCCCCACCCCACAGCCGUCCUCCAGGGGACCCCCGAGACUCUGCACCCUCCUCCCGGCUACAAUAUCCCUGGAGGGGUGUCCCCUGGACCUGGUGGCCCGGUAUUUUAUCAUGGCCCAGGCCCAGAUCCUAACAUGGGAGGUUACCCCCAGGUCUACUCUCCCCCCAACCCUGGGAUGCCUGGCCAGCCUCAGUGGACUGGACCCCCAUUCCAACCAGGGUUCAACCCAGGCUACCACCCACAGGACCCUAUGUACCCCCCCGCCCAGCCCCUGCAGUGGAACGGCCCGCCGCCCAACCAGCCACAGUAUAACCCUGGUGCUCCUCCUAUGUGGAGUGGGCCGCCUAACCAGUAUCAGUAUCCCAUGGCUCCGAUGGGGUAUGCUCCAGUGAUGUACAGUGCCAUGCCUCCAGGUGAGCCAGUGAAGGAGGAGAUAAAGAUGGAGAACAUGUCUCCUGCUGAUCCCCUCCUCGCCCACCCCCCACAACCCCCCCAGGCGUCAUCGCCCUCCGCCCCCGUGCCUGCCUCUGACGUCCUCCACUCCUCGGACGGAGCCUACCAGUUUAACAUCGACACAGGAAAGAACACCACCACCAACACCACCAACUUCCUGUAGAACACCACCCAAUGGCCCAAUCAGGAGCGGCCUUUUCAACGUAAUGGGGGCUCGUCCCAAUUGCUUCCUUUCCUCGUCUCCUUUCCUCGUUGCUUUCCCUGUGUGACCACUGAUAUUAAUGGGAGGUAUAAACCAUGGGGGCUGUUUGCGAUUCAAUUUAGGGAGGUGGUAAACAAGAGAAGUGCUAAUGAAUUUACCCACGAAAAUGCAGUGAUCCAUUCUCACAACAACAACAAAAAACAGCUGACAUAACUAGGUCCCGAGCUGUGUUUUUAUUCACUGUGGUUUUUUUACCCCCUACCCCUUUCACAUAAACAAAGGUAACAAAAUGUAAAAAAUAAGGGGUUUUGCCUCUGUGUAAAUGGGGUAUUAAUGAAGGAAAGGAGAUAAGGAAAGUCGGUAAUUGGAAUAUGCCUCUAUUUCCUGUAUAGGGACAGGAAGUGUCCAUUAGCUGUGAUACAGAGCCUGUCAAAAUGGCUGAAACGGACAAUGGAAGCAUGGGAUUGGUGCAAGAAUGGCUGAAGGUAGUUACCACCAUAUUCCCUGUCCAUUUAUUUUAAAUAUACUAGGGGGAUUGUACGAGUGCACACUUCGGGAGAAGGGUAGAAAAUUGGAAUGUAGCCAGAGUCUAGGGGCGAGGGUUGAGAAGGCAGUAGAAAAGGUCGGUUAUGUUACAUUUAUUGUUUUAAACCUGUAGCCUUAGAUUUUUCUAACUUGUCUUUUUUUAAACUCAACAGUAAAGAUGGUAUCUAUGAAACACUCCAACUGCCAACCAUCUCGCAAAAAAAACAAACACGAUCAUUAUCCAACCAGAGAACCUACAUCACACCCAGUCAUGAUCCAAUCAGAUGGUACCAGGAAAACUCAUCAUCACUCUGGAUAGACAAAGCAAAGCUCUCUAUAAACAAGUAUAUACAUGUAAAUACAAUCACAAAUGCCUUUAUGUUCCAAAGUUUAGUUUGUCAUUAUAUGCAUGAUGGACCAUUUUAGUACUUUAUAUGAAACUACUGUCAUUUCAACCGGGUAUGCAGAGUUAAUUAACUGUUUUGGCAGCUUAUGAUUAAAAACAAUUGGGAAGCGGGUGCUAUUCUAUUAGACCCAAAUAGCCCCCUAUUCCUUACAUAGUUCACUACUUUUGACCCGAGUAAAUGUCAUUCCUGUGCAUCUGUUCUCUUGUAUUGUCAUCACGUUAGGUUAAACACGGACAGUUUUGUAGCGUCAACAAGGCUAACAGAGGUGUAUGAGUUCCACAAGAGCCUAUGCAAAUCACAAAGUUGGAAUAGUUACCACUUUAUUACUGUAUAUAAUCAGCCAUGUUAAUAUGAAUUAUAUUAAUAUUAAUUAUGUUAAAAUAUGUAGUAUGUAUAAAUAUUCAAGGAACAUUUUAAUUUGCAGUGUACAAACUUAACAUGAUGAACAGCAAUGACAUUUACGCUAACGGGCGACGAGCAUUUCCAGAUCAUGUGACCUGACCAGAAAAAUUUCCUGGCCUAGUUCUUUGUUCUCAUCAUUACAUCGUCGUUAGUCAUCUUUCAACCAUUGCAAUGUGACACUGCCAAGGAACCAGAGUUGGCAUUCUACCUCUCAUUCCUUCAUCUAUGCACAUAUAGGCUCUCCUCCAAUAUCCACACUAUCAUACCACUUAGAAUGAAGCCAUGGAUGUGUCCAAAAUGGCACCCUAUUCUCUAUCAAAUGUAUUACUUUUGACCAGGGCCCAAGUUUAUUAAGGUUACUUUACCACUGCAUUUGUUUUUUGUCAGUUACCAAUACCCUCACCCUCAUGAGCUGUAAACAAACUUGCUACUCCAGGGACAUAUUCAUUAGUGUAGACUAGUGAAAUGUGUUUCAAUGGAAUUGUGUCAUGUUGUAAAAGCGUUUGGAGUUAACAGUUUCCGUUGCAAAUGUUUUUGCUAGUGUGCUACGGUGUGCGCAGUGCGCUAAUGAUUACAACCCAGGCUCCCGAUACUCAUUUUUUUAUUUACAUUUUGUUACCUCACUCUUUAGGGAUACCACAUGAGCUUUUGGAGUAACUUUUAAAGCGAUCUUACAGAACGUCUUCUCACUUUGUAACUGUCUAGAUGAUUUCCAAAGCAAUAUCAUUAGACCUUGUGGAAUGUUCCGUUUGUUUUUAUUCUAUGAAUAUCGUUAGCAUUUAUAGUAGAAUUGUCUGUAGGACAUGCACAUAUCCACCUCAAUAAACAUAAUACAAAAUCCCUG